AUGGACUCUUCAACCUCGAAAUCUAUGAAGCGCGACGGAAGCGAACCGGGUCAUGAGAACGAUGUCCCAUCGCCCAAACGCAGCCAAAACGGACCUGAGAUUGCAGAGGUGAAUAUAACCGCCAUAACCUUGACGAAUCAACUCCAAUCUCCGCUUUUGCGUCUUCCUGGGGAAUUGCGGAACCGAAUAUACGCACUAGUUCUUGGUGGAAUGGAGAUCUACGCGGUCGAAGGAGGAAGUAAAGACAUCAUAGCUGUAGGACAGCCCGCUGGCACGUAUCCGACGAAACUACGCUGUCUUCGGAACUUCCUCGCCUUAACGGCCGUGUGCCGCCAAAUCCACGCCGAGAGCGCGCUUCUACCGUACGAACUGAACUCUUUCGGUCAACAAAAGGGACACUGGACGGGCCGCAGAAAAAUGCCUGCAGGCAGUGACGAUCCGCUCCCGCUCCUGCUUAGCCACUUUACCGACUCCCAACGCAAUGCUAUCACGACAAUCAGCUUAUCGAGGCGUGGGAUGUCGGUCAUCGGCAUUGAUGUCUCUAAUCUUGGAGAGACCAGAAUGGCGGCAAUGCCCCAAUCUAAGCUUCCCCUCUGUCGCCAAUACCAACCCACCCUUCGACAACUCCCACGGCUUAAUUGCAUCAUUCUGCAAAAGCAUAAGGACGAUCCAGACUACUUGUUCUUGUGGACCGAAGCUGUCAGAGGUGUGGACUUCUGCAUUGGGCGAAAGGACGUCGAGAUCAUUUUCGAGGGCGCUGGAACGAGAUAUAUUUGGAGACCCAAGAAAGCGGAAUGA